CAGUUUACAUUUUAUUAUGAAAAUGAAGUCUGCAGACAAGAUUACUUUAUUAAAUCACCACCCCCUCAGCUUUUCUUUUCCAUGGGCUCUUGGAAAAGGCGGUUUUUCGUCCUGUCAAAGAGUAGGGAAAUGGGCUUUAGUCUUUCCUAUUACAAAGACCAUCAGCAACGAGGAGCCGUUGAAAUUGACCAAAAUGCCAUUGUAGAAGUUGGCAUAAGUAGCCAUGAAAAAAUGCAAUCAGUACAGAAGAUGUUUAAAUGCCACCCUGAGGAGGUGAUGUCCAUCAGAACCACUAAUAGGGAUUACUUUCUCAUUGGCCAUGACAGGGAGAAGAUUAAAGACUGGGUCUCCUUCAUGUCAUCAUUUUGCUGGGAUAUAAAAGCAACACAUCAAAAUACAGAGGAGAGUCUCUCGUUGGGUGAUAAACGGCCCACUUCAGACCCUAGCCCUCUUCUUGGUCCUUCCAGUACACCAGAGGCUGUCAGCUCCACUUCUUCAAGAAUCAGUCUUCCAAACAUGCAUUUCACGGAAAAAAGUUCUCCAGGAUUCAGGCAAGCUCAUCUUUCACAAGAUUUCUCUGCAGAGACCACUCAGGAUGAAGAAGAAGAGGGUUAUUAUAUUAGACCCCGGAGUGUUCUUUUAGAGUUGGAUAAUAUUAUUGAUUCCAAUGAUUCUGGUGAAUCCAUUGAACCUGAUAGUCCAGACAAGGUCUUCAAGAGAACUGAGCAUCUUUACAUGUCAAUGAAAUCCUGUGUUUUCAAAGAGACACCCCACCAGUCUGCUGAGAGCAAAGAGGAAUCCCAAGCCCUUGCAGAGACCCAGCAUGAGGGGCUUCACCUGCAAGAACAAGGCUCAGAAAAUGACUCGUGUCUCUCACCUGCCAAUUCAGAAAAACAGACCACGAAUGACAAAAAGGGGUCGGCCUCACUAACUGUUGUGCAAUUGUCUAUACUAAUCAAUAACAUCCCUGAUGAAUGCCAAGUAGAGAAACUGGAUGUGUUCCUUUCUCCUCCUGAUGUCAUAAAUUACCUUGCUCUCAUAGAAGCUGCUGGACAGAUAUGUGUGGCCCAAUGGGUAGGCCCCCCACGGCUGGGAUGCUUAUUUUGCCAUGGAGAUCACCUUUUGGCCGUGAAUGACCUGAAGCCCCAGAGCUUGGAGGAAGUCUCCUUGUUUCUCAGCCGGUCUAUCCAAAAGGAGAAAGUAAAACUCACCAUUGGCCGGAUCCCAAAUUCGGAGAAAUUCCAUGCUAUUGCCUGUGUGUGCCCAUUAAAAUACCAGGGUGAUGCACCUUUUCAUUCGGAUAAUCCUGGAUCAAAGAGGGCAAUAAAGAGGAGUCCAGCCAUCAGAAAGGGCCAGGAGAAAAGAAGUGGAGAGUAA